ACCUGGAGUACUGGACGCCUAGCUCCGCUGGUUGACGUGAGUUAUCUACCUGUUUCACGCAGACAGCUGAAGGCGGCCCUUACUCACAGCGGGCUAGCUUCACAACACUUUUAUCUACAUGGGGAAACUUUGUAGGGAUUGAAGCUAUAUACGCUAACGACCAGCAGACUCCUCCUUACACCAUCCUGGGAAUACGAGGAUUUAUCUCAUGACGAGACGGAUGUAAUUACUUUUGCAAGAUACUCUUUGCUAGAGAGAGUCGAUAUGUAUGUACUGGUCUCGAUUUCUUAUCCAAACAGUGAUUAGUUCUGCGAAUAAACCUUUAGGAAGGCAUAAUUUGAGUGGAGUGUGUAGUUUCAGCAUUAAGAUCGUAUUGCUUUGAUGGCUGAAAUGUGAAUGUCUGCAUUGUGGUCACGACUCACAUGUUCACCCCGCUCUGACAAUGAAGAGGAACCCAUGAAUAGAUGUGUUGAUUAGAAUUUGGAUUCCAGUGAAUGUGAACUCUGUGAAUUCUUUUAUGGAUUAUCUGUGGAUUUAACAUGUGUUUAAAUCUUAGAGGAACAACUUAGAGGAACAAUAUCAAUUCUAGUGCUGGCUUCUAUACCAAUCUGCACCAUAAACUGAACUUUUCCACGUUAGCAAGACUGCUGACUUUUUCAGGGACAGCACCUUUCCUGAAUGGAUUAUUUUCUAUCACUGGUGAAAUAGUGAGUUCUGAACAUCAAUUCAAACUGAAUUAUAAACAUCCCCCAAAACAAGCAAGAACAGAAUUAUAUACAAUGCCUUGGUAAACAGAAUUGUUAAUUGGGGAAACAAAAGCUAUCAGUGUACAAUAGCUUGAAGGAAGUACAGUGUCGUCAGUGUGCAGUUUGUCAUGCCAGUUGAUUGCUCCGCAGCGCACGCUUUCCCACGCUCUCUGGUCUCUUCUACUUGCCAGCGAGGUGACUGGUGGUGUUGAAGUCCCUCGAGACCAUCAUACCUGAUAGGAGUCUGGUUGGCUGUUGAGACACGACAAGAACCAACUGAUGCUGCUAUGUAGACCCAUACUGCCAUCAUGUAUCCCACAGUGCGCUCCUGGUGGUCAACUCCCGUGGGUCAGGACCCUUCAGACUAAUCUCCAAUAUAGUGGAUACACUGCCAGAAGGACCCCUCCGGGGCUCGGAGACUGAUCGAUAACCUAAUCAAUUGGACGCGUUGUUGGAGUGGACAGUUUGGGUUCAUGCACGGUUGACAAUAAAGGCGUGGCCGGGUGUUGACGCACAACCAACAACUAGUGCUCCUGUCAAUCAACCUAUAGUGGGCGGAGCCAGUCAGCGACAACGAGGCUACUAGGUUCUGGAGCAAUAAUCAGAAACACAGAAGUAGCAAGCGCGGUCAGUAAACAACAACGAUGCGGGCACGGAAAGCGGCAAGCUUUGCCGUACUCUGGACAUUACAAUUGUUGUCAUUAGUGUCCCAGGUACUGUCCAGCGGUAAAUUUCAGUUGGAACUUGGACUAUUCCGCAAUGACCACGGACUUAACAAUGUUGGAAAUUGUUGCAAUGGAUAUAGAUCGGAAGGGAUGUGCACCUCCAGCUGUAGAACGUUCUUUAGGAUUUGCCUUACACAUUUUCAAGCCAAUAUUGAAUUGGAUCAUGAGUGUACAUUCGCAUCAAAGGAAACUCCUGUUCUUGGGGAUAAUACCAUUGAUUUCAAACGAACGGAUAUAGCAGAGAAGCUCCAGAACCCUAUCAGUUUUCACAUCGAGUUUUCAUGGCCGGGUUCAUUUUCACUUAUCGUGGAGGCUUGGCAUGAUGCAACCCUCAGUGGUCCUGCUACCGGUAGCCCACGUGAGCUGAUAGACAGGUUAGCUAUACAGAGUUCCUCUCCUAUCAAUGAAACAUGGCGGCGGUUUAACCGGACCACGCAAUACACCCAACUAGGCUACGGCUACCGUUAUGUCUGCGACGACAACUACUACGGCAGUGGUUGUUCAACCAUGUGCCGUCCCAGGGAUGACAAUUUUGGUCAUUUUAUGUGCAACGAGAAGGGCGAGAAAGUGUGCCUCAACGGCUGGAAGGGAGAUUACUGCGAUGAAGCUAUCUGCCUGCCUGAUUGUCACAAGGAUAAUGGCUUCUGCGACCAGCCGAAUGAAUGCGAAUGCCGCAUGGGUUUUCAGGGGACCUUUUGUGAUCAGUGCAUCCCUUAUCCUGGGUGCCAACACGGUUCCUGCAAGAAACCAUGGGAAUGCAACUGCGAAGAGGGCUGGGGCGGCCUCUUUUGCAACCAAGAUCUGAACUACUGCACGCACCACAAGCCGUGCAGGAAUGGCGGCACGUGCACCAAUACCGGGCAGGGGAGCUACACCUGUGCCUGCCCAACUGGGUACACAGGUACUAACUGUGAGAUAGAAAUUGACGACUGUGAACGCCAGCCAUGCAUGAACGGUGGCACAUGCAGGGACUUUGGCACUGGGUUCUUGUGUGACUGUACUCAAGGCUUCUAUGGGAAACAGUGUGAGAACACAGCCAACUCCUGUGAGACCAAGCCAUGCAGUAAUGGAGGAACCUGCCUUGAAGACAAGGAGUCCUACAAGUGUAUCUGUCCUCUCGGAUAUGAAGGCUUUAACUGCGAUAAUGAGAAGAACGAGUGUGUAGGAAACCCAUGCAAAAACGAAGGUCGUUGUAUUGACCAGUUGAAUGGAUUCCGCUGUGUUUGCAAUACUGGAUACAGUGGUCCGACCUGCGAAGAGAAUGAGGACAACUGUGUCCAGAACCCUUGUCUCAACAACGGAACAUGUGUGGAUGGCUUCAAUGACUUCACAUGUCGCUGUGUGCCAGGCUUUGUCGGACCCUUGUGUCAGAGCAAUGUUGAUGACUGCAUAGUGCGUCCAUGUGCUAAUGGUGGUUCUUGCCAUGAUAGGAUCAAUGAUUUUUCUUGUACCUGUGCUAUUGGAUUUACUGGAAAAACGUGUGAGAUAAAUAUUGACGAGUGUGAGUCAAGACCUUGCCAGAAUGGAGCAAGCUGUAUGGACCGUGUUGGCGAUUACAACUGUAAAUGUAUGGAAGGAUUCUGGGGCAACAACUGCCAAUAUGUUGAAGGCCAGACCACACCAAGAGUUGAACAGACCACUCCGACUACUGUUCCUGCUGAAACUACAGAGGUGAUUGUGAAGGAGACAACUGAAGGCAACCAUACCGCUGUUGUGAACCGUCACAGAGGCAAUCUUGAGGAUGGACUGACCACAACCCAGCUCCUUAUCAUCAUCUGUGUAGGAUCUGGAGUCCCUCUCGUGCUCAUCAUUGUUCUGGUGACAGUGUGUUUGUGUCGCAAACGUCACCACAUGAUGCAUGAAAAUAUGGAGAUAGAAAGACAACAAAAUAUUGUCAACAACAUCAACAACUCAGUCAAGUGUGUGGACUCUCACAUUUUUACAACAAUCCCUCAGAGCACGUCAAAUAGUUCAAGUAUUAAAAAUAGCAAUGAGGAACAAGACUUAAAUAGGAAAAAUUCAAAACAUCUUUUAGAAAAAUCCAAUAGCAGACAAUUUACUAAAGACUUAAAUACACAUGAUCAGCCACCAACAUACUUACCAAAAGACUUAGAUUAUGAUUAUGAAAAACCUUCCAGGAGGUUGGACCUGGGUGCAUCUUCUCCAGUGGAUUCUAGUUCCAUUAGUGACUACAGUCCACGGGACUUAGAAGAAAAUAUUGCAAAACCUUCCUAUUCAGAGACAAACAGAAACUCUAUUUUAGUGUUAGAGCCCCCCAAUCGCCAUUCACAUUGUGAGGAAGUGUUGGCCACGGAGGUCUAACAGUGUGAGACAGUGACUCCAGCAUACAUCAGUGCAUUGCUGUAAAAUACAUACCGCAUGAUUUGUCAGUGUUAUUUAAGUGCCUUUGUUUUGUAUAGAGAUGCAAUAUGAACGUUGUACAGUUGAAGAAGCUGCCUGGAUGCUGUUGUUCAUACGAGAUUAUUUAUAAUGUGUUGUUUAACAGACGGCUUCUGAGCCUUGUACAAUAUUAUGCAAAGCUUUGUGGAACAGUGAUGUGGACAAAGCCAAUAGGCUUGCAUUCUGCGAUUGAAUAUGAGGGCAUCUUUAUGAGAAAUUAUCUCAUUGGACUGGGAGUUUCAAUAUACAUGGGAAUGUAAUUCCAUAAAACCAGUGCAGUGAGGACAAAACUGAGACCAAUACCGACGGGUGGACGGACAUCGGCACCUUGUAGGCCACUGCCAUUUCCACUUCUCAUGGACAACGUUCCUUCCCACAAUGCAUUGCUUCAUGCCAACUGAUGAUUGGUUGAGACUUCUUGGGUGUGAGUCUGAUUGGUUGACACUGAUCAUGUGACUAUUCAUGAGGACAUUACUGCUUCACCAUCUUGGGAAGACUGACUAUUUCCAUGGACUUGUACUGGACACUACCAAACAGUGGAUUUGUUCUGAUCAUCCCUCACAGCAGUUACUUUUGUGCUAGUUCCAGUACUUGGUACAUUUUUGUGCAAUCUGUUCAAACCAAUAUAAAAAGUAUUUGCCUAUAACAUGGCCCAAUAAGGCAGAGUUGUCCCAGCUCACAGACCUAUCUAUCUGGCUCUAUGUGGUUUUCUAGUCUUGUUAAAUUGCGUUACACACAGAGUAAUGUACAGAUUGUUGCAUCGUGAUGAUGACGAUGAUAAUUAUAAUAGUUGCCAGGGUCGCUGUCCAAGUGUCGUUGGUACAAUUUACGAUUCUGUGACGCGAUGACAAAAUAAGCGUUCACAAAUGUUUUUCUGAUUUUUAUUUUUUUUGAAUACCAUUAGUUGAUUGCUUGUCAUAAUACCCACACUAUAAAUACCACUGUAGAUUGUGAAGUUAUGGCACUUUGACAGCAACCCGCUUGUGUAAAAACUACUGUAUAGAAUUCUCAUGGAAACUGAUGUGUUGAUUGUAAUGAUUGACCAAGUUGAUUAAGUUAUUGAUAAAUUACCGGUGAGGUCUUCUCACGCACGGUAGUAAGUUGUUGCCAUUUUCAAAUCAGUUAUGACUGUUAAAUUAACUAUAGUUUGUCUCAAAUUUUGGAUUAUUAUAACAGUUGUGGAAAAUGCAUGUGAACUUGCUUUUGCUUUAAGAAGACAACUUCAAUAUGUUCAGUGAUUUUCUCAUUGAGUGUACUGAAAGCUUGAACUAAUUUUGUAAUAAGAUAUUUAUAUAUAAGAUAAACAUGAAAUGAUUAGAAUCUAUUUUUGAAAUAUUUGAAAUGUUGUGAUGCUUACAAAUUUUGAUACAAGCUAUAGAAAAUAUAAACUAUUUAAUUUUAUUGGAUGGAAAUCAAAGCAUACCCCACACUGUUUUACAGUAGGCUGAACAAACACAGUGUAACAAAGAUAGGGGAGAUGGGGUAUACAGGUGCCCCCGACCUUUAAUACCAAGAUGCAGUUAUUUAUUCUUCCCAUCAUUCCAUUGACUCAUCUGGUGGCAAAUCCCUGGGUUGCUCAUGGCUUCUUUCGAUUUUCGAUGUCAAAACUUCCCAGUUGUAAAAUCUGUUAACCAAGGAAGAAGAAAAAACCGUGUUAUUUUGGUGUGUUUGUUAUACCUGGUUUUGUUAUGACUUUCAGAAUAAACCGACAUCCAACUUGUUAUACCUUCAAAAAGAAUUACAAUGGAAGUUUUGACCUCCCCAUGAGCAUAUCCACUGAGAGCUUUAACAAUGUCAGUUUUCAUGCAAAAAAAGGGCGUUUUGUGACAUGUCUCUAGUAUGCCAUGUGACCACGAGUCAUGUGACCAUCUUUCACUCACUCAUCUAUCACUGUUCGUUUUCGCCAUGCAUCAUCUACACAUUGUGUCUGCACAGCUUUCCCGUAUGCCUGUGAUGUCUGUAUGUACAUAAUAUGUAUAUUUAUAGCAAAAAUGAAAUUGUAUAUAUGACUGUUAUUACUUCUAUACUAUUAAUACUAUUGGUAUUUCUCGAUAUCAUUAAAUAAAGAGGUCACAAUCACUUAUUUUUUCAAAUUUGAA